AUGGAAUUUUGUCACACAUUUGAAGAACUAUGUGGGAAGGAUCUGGUUACUCCAAAUAUGCAUCUACAUGGACACCUUAAAGAGUGCCUUCUAGAUUAUGGCCCCUUUCAUUCUUUCUGGUGCUUCAGUUUUGAAAGAUUUAAUGGUAUCCUGGGAUCUUUUCAGACGAACAAUCGCUCUAUUGAAAUUCAGUUGAUGCGAAAAUUUUUGUCACAAACCAAAGUUAAGGACUUUGAGUACCCAGAAAUGUUUCAGGAGACUUUCUUGGAGUUUUUUGAGGGCUCACACAGUUCAGGGUCUGUAAAGGACACACAAGAGCCAAUUAAACAGUUCCUCAGUCUUCGACAGCACAGGGAGAUAUCCAUCAAAGACUUGCAUUUGUGUGAUUGGACUGCAAGUGAUGAUAUAGUUGAAAUGUCAACAUUUAGAGAUGAAACAUUAGACACUGAUGAUUUAACUGCACUAGAGUCAGUAUAUAAAGAACUCUUAGGACUUGGUGAGGGUACCUUCCUUGAAAUGCCACACACCAUUGCAGAAUUUAAAUCGCUCAAAGUUGGAUCUGUAGUGUAUGGAUCAUCGCAAAGCCAGACCACAAGGAAUUCAUUUGUUCUAGCAAACUGGGCAGGUCAUGAAGGACGGUUAGCUUGUAGCAGUGGAUGUAAUGAUGUCAGACCAGGACAAGUUAUUUCAUUUUUUCGUCACCGUAUUAAGGUUAAAUUAGCAGAAUCAUAUUUGCCAGAGCAGCGAUACAUGUUUUACUUUGCAAGAGUAAAUUGGUACUCAGUUCAUCCGGAACGUUUUUCACAUGGAGUGCCAGUGGAAAUCUGGUGUAACUCAUUUGAUCUGUUUCGCCCAGCUUGUUUCAUGCCAGUUCAGAGAAUUAAAUCCAACUGUUCUUUAGGGGAAAAAGUUUACAAACAAGAAAAUGUUUCUUGGGUAACAAGUUAG